ACUAUAACCAUUACGAGGUAAAUCGGCUCUAAAUCUAGCAAUUUAAGCAUCAAACAUAUUAUGAAAUAAUUGUAUUAAACACACAAAUUCAGUAUGUUUUUAGCGAUUUUCAUCAAGUCAAUAUAGUUUAACAUGAUAUGAUAACGAUAGUUUAAUAAUUUUAUCAAUCCUUAUCAUGAAUGGUAGUGUCUGGCAUGUUUGAUAUUUCAUGAGCUUUCACAACAUAUAUGCUAUAUUCAAUAAAUCGAGAAACAAUAAGUAGGAUAGCGAUUUUGACUUGAACUGUUUUGUGCGAGGUGAGGUGGACACAGCUCAUCCUUAUUCUCAAUUUGGUUUGCCUAAAUUAUUUGUAAUUAUUCAAUUUACUUAUGAUUUUACUUUUAUUACAUCAUAUCGUAACUAGAUAAAUAUGUUUUUUUUUAAUAAUUUAGUUUCACUUAUCAUAUAGUCUAUUUUAUACAUCUAUACAAUUAAUAAUUUAUAAAUAGGGUUUCCUUAUUUUAUAGGAAAGAGGCAAAAUCAUUGGACAACCUAACCUUGUUGUUCACUAGCCAAAACCUAACUAAAAAAAUUCACAUGUUAGUUAAUGUGAGAGGUUGUUGAAGGCCCCAACUAUGCUAUGGCAAGACAAGACAUGUUUGGUCUUCAACUACUAUGCACAAUGCUUGAAAUUAUUUAUUCUUCUGAAUUUUAAUUAGUUUUUGAUAAUAAAGCUUCUUUGUCUAUGAAUUCUGGUUUGUCGAUCGUCAGGAGUGUGUACACCGUUUAUGGUUUGCUUGCGGGAACAGAUCUUUAAUUUGGGACCGUUGUUCACUAUUUUGUUUCCUCCUUUUAUUUUUUUUUCUUGGGAUGACUUUUCUGUUGAGAUAGUACUACGAGUAUAGGGCUGGGAAACAGUCCGAUUCGGUGAAAUUGGACGGGAACGAUCCGGUUAACUGGAUGUAAGUUUUAGCCGUCAGAGACCGGAUUGGAUUGGAAACCAGAUUGAAUUGAGAAGGGUUUGGUUCGGUUCUUAAAAAAAAAUAUUGAAAGUUUUCCAUCUAAAACUCUAUUUUAUUUAACUAAUAAAACUAUAUCAUCAUUAUAAAGAGCACUUCUACUAUGCUAUAUAGUAUUGGUGCUUUAAUGUACAACUUAAAGUUGUACCAUAACAUUAAAUGUAUAAGUUUAGGUUGUACCAUAAAGCAAUUUGUACCAUUAUGUUAUGGUACAACUUUACAACUUGAAGUUGUACCAUAACAUAAAGGUACAAGUUCAAAUUGUACCAUAAAAGAAUUUGAACAAAAAGUAUAGGUACAAUCUGAAGUUGUACCAUAACGUAAAUGUACAAUUUUAAGUUGUACCAUAAAGGUAAAAUCUUAUAGCAUCAAUACUAUAUAGCAUUGUAAAAUUUCUCUAUAAAAAGGAAUUAUAGUUUGGAAAUUAUUAAAUUAACAUGAAGGUCCUUUGCAGUGUAACGCAAUUUUUAUGUUAAUCCCAAACGACAAAUAAAUGGAAACAAUAUCCACACUGAUUGCAGAAUUUAAUGAUUCAAUCUCUUCAGUCAAAACUAAUCACUUUAUUUCCUUGUAAUAAUAAAAAAAUGGAUUUUCUCAGCCUCUUAUAAUUAAGAAGGGGAGAGCUCGCUCGCUAUAUGAAGCAUAUGCAUAUAUAUAUAUAUAUAUAUAUAUAUAUAUAUAUCAGACACCCUAGCUAGUGCAAGAGAAGAAAUCAAGAUUAGUAGAGCCUUUUUGUUGGAGAAAAAUGAAGACGAUGAUCGGGAUGGUGAUGAUACUGCUGGUAAUCUCGAGCUCGACGAAUCAACUGGUUUCGGGAGAUUAUGUGUUGUGUUUCAACGAUUGCAUGAAACACACCUGCAAACCUGGAGAAGCUUAUACUACUUGCCUUGUGAGGUGCUAUAAACAGUGUCACAAUACUCCUCCAAAUAGUCUUCAACAACAGAAGCAUGAAUCUCCAGCAAUUAACUAAUACAGAAUACAACUUAUUGGUUCCAUAGUCGUAGUUCUUGUUUUUCAUCCGCAUGCAUAUUUUUAAUGUAAUCCCAAUAUCUCAUUUCUAGCUAUCUCCCAGAAUAAAACGAUAUAUAUAUAUAUAUAUAUAUAUAUAUAUAUAAAAAGUUCUUCUCUCGUUUAGCGAGAGCGUUGUGAGGCGGCGGAAACCCUAGGGUUGUCCGAGUUUUUCCGAGAGGCGAGCGGAGCUUAGUGCGGCUGAUCCAAGUCCGAGCUGAGAUCUGAGAGUCAAAAUAAGAGGGGGAUUAGGAGAGCAACCAAAGAGGGGUAGCACCAGAGUAACAUAAUCUCAAGUUGUUUCAGCGCGGGAGGUUGUUUUACAAACUGUGAAGGAAAAGGAGAGGAACUUGACACACAAGAAAGAAAACAGAGGAUCUCUGUUGAGGGGAGACUUUAAAAGAGGAAGCCGAGAAAUGGAAGCCAAGGAACUAGCAUCGACAGGUACAGAGGAAGGGGUGGAGGAGGAUCCCGCACCCAAAACCCUAAGCCUGGAAGAGCAGCUUGAUAAGAUCACCUUAGCGGAGGACGACGAGCCGCCGUUGGAGGUAGAAGACUCUGACGUAGACGUAGUGAGAAUGGAGGCAGUUAGAAGACUAGGGCUUGUUGGCCGUCUGAUGGCGGAAAAGCAGCCCAACCUGAAGUCAUUGAAGAUAGCAUUAGAAAAAGCGUGGAAUCUCCGAAAAGGGUUCCAGAUCACAGACCUCAAGGAUAAACUUUUCGCUUUCCAAUUCCUGGAAGAGGAUGACAAAAAUAAGGUCAUAUUUGGGGGGCCGUGGCACUAUGAGAACAAUGUGAUAGUGUUCAAGGAAUGCUUGCAAAUACAAAGACCAAAUCCGAGUGACUUACACUUGAUAGAUCUAUGGGCCCAGAUUCGUGGUUUCCUAGCAGAGCUAAGGACAGCGCAGAUGGCGUCCAAGAUUGCAACAAGAUUUGGGGAAUUAGUCUGGUUCGAUGAUACAGGCUACCUGUGGGACGAGCAUAUGAGAAUCAGGGUCAGUCUAUCAAUUAACAAUCCACUGAGGAAGAAGAUAAAGCUAAAUAUAAAGGGCAGACUAGAGGAAUAUCAGGUCAAAUAUGAGAAAUUGCCAAUGUUCUGCUACUCGUGUGGGCGAAUUGGUCAUCCCAAACUUAGAUGUGAUAAGCCAUCAAGAAUUGUGCCAGAUCCGUUUGGAAUGGAGCUGAGAACGGAUGGACCAGGGCCCAGAAGCUGGCCUUCACAUGCAGCGAGGAGGGAGGAUGCAGAGGUGUGGGAGAAACUGCGAAAAAAAUUCGAGGCGGAAAGCUCAGGUUCUAAUUCGGACCAUGAUAGAUCUUUUCCUGAAGAGCGAGAGGUGAUUAGACAGGGAACUCAGGAAAGGAAAGAAGAUGGAAACAAAGACAACCAAAAUGGGGAUAAGGAGGAAGAACAGAUGGAAGUGGACAAACAAAGUGAGGUGCAGCAGAGCACUGGGGAGAAAAGACAAGAGCCAGAAAGAAUAGAACCGUUUCUGAAUUUGUAGAAUGGGGCUCUCCAACGUUUUGCAAUGGGGAGUGAGGGAAUCAAACAAGGAAACAGACCAAUGGGCAGAGUGUGGAGGCGCCAGGAACAGAAUAUCCCAAGAGAGAAAGCUGGGGUAUAGGUAACUCCACAAAAGCGAGCAGCUGCAGAACCACAACAAGUAGCAGCAGCUCGAUCAAAUAGAGAAAUAAGCCAAAAAAGGGCUCGAACACUGAAUUUCAACACCCAGCAGGUGGAGGAAGUCAGAGAAAAGGAAACCGGAAGAGGGAAGGAAGCACAACAAAACCAACAGGAGGAUGGCGGACCCUGGAAAAAUUCAGGGCCGUCCAGCCCAAUGAAUCUAUUGAGCUACAACUGCCGGGGACUGGGGAAUGCCCUGGCAGUUGGGAAGGUGAAGACGCUUUUGCGUCAAAAGAACCCCGACAUAGUCUUUCUUAUGGAGACUCACUUGUAUGAUGGUGAAUGGGAAGCAAAACAACAAGAAUUUGGGUAUGAAGGAGGAAAGGGAGUAGCAGCAGGGAGAAAUAGGUCAGGGGGCCUAUUGAUGUUAUGGAAGCAAGGAAUUGAGCUACAGGUUAAAGGAAAGGAUAUGAAUUAUAUAGAUUGUGAAAUGAAAAUGGAGAAUCAGAACGAGACAUGGAGGCUAAGUGGAGUUUAUGGUUGGCCAGAGGGUCGAAACAAGAUCAAAACUUGCGAGCUGUUGAGAUGGUUGUCAAGCCUUGUGGACAAACAGUGGGUGAUUGUCAGAACAGAAGCGUGGCAAUCGAUAAUCCAAACCAACACAAACGAACACAAAUUUAACGUGGUUCACUAACACAAUGUGUGCUAGCUAAUCCACGGGAAGGGGGAAACAAAUUUCACUGAUUUGAGGAGAGUACAGGUUACAAACCAAAUUCCAAACGGACAAACCGAACAAACUAACCUGACUGGCCCUACUACAUACUAGGGUGAUGAAGAGUAUUUAUAGAACUCUUCUCCAAAUCCCAAACAGAAAACCAAACACCCUUUCCCAAACAUACAAGGAAAAGGUCAAACAAAACCCAAUCACAAACCCAAACAGAAUAGGCCUAAAACACAAAACAAACCCAAAUCAAAUUCAAGUCAUGUCCUAACAAUCUCCACCUUGACUUGAAUUCUCUGUCAAAUACCAGAUGUACCAAACGCAACCAAAGUUGCCAGAUGUACCAGACGCAACCAAAGUUGCCAGAUGUACCAAACGCAACCAAAGUUGCCAGAUGUACCCAGACGCGAUACAUAUCGCCAGACGUAUCCAAAUGCGAUCGAAACCGCCAAACUCAAACGCAAUCAAGAUUGCCAGACAUAUCCAAAUGCGAUUCAUAUCGCCAGACCAAACGCGAUGCAAAUCGCCAAACUCAGAUGCAAUCAAAAUUGGCAAAAGUACCAAACUCUCCAAAUCAGCUGUACCAGAAUCUCCUCUGCCUCCAGAUGCCCCUAAGGGCGAUCAACAAAUCAAAACAUGCAGCAAGUCCAACCCAUGUUUGGACUUGCCAUGCAUAACCAACUUGGUGUUAUUUCCAUCGAUAACACCAACAUCAUAUUUACUUCCAACUCCAAACCUGCAACUCCAAAUUGACUUCUCGAUCUUCAUACUGAUAGCAACCAUUCUUACUAUCAAACAAACUCCAACCAAACUUCUCACAAAAAAGCGAGACCAAAACACAACUACCCAAAGUCAACUUCAAAGCGCCUCCACCGAACCAAGCUGAAGAAUUGAAAGCUACCUCCACAAAGUAAAACUUCAGUCCAACGCCAAAUUCCCAAAACCGCAACCAAAGGCUCUGAUACCACUUGUCAGAACAGAAGCGUGGCAAUCGAUAAUCCAAACCAACACAAACGAACACAAAUUUAACAUGGUUCACUAACACAAUGUGUGCUAGCUAAUCCACGGGAAGGGGGAAACAAAUUUCACUGAUUUGA